CGCUCCCGCUGCCUGCGGGCCGGCCGUCCCCGAGCCAGAGCCGCACGACCCCUUCAUCCGAUCCGAGCGAGGGAUGCACGACCGCUGAGCGGAGACCUGCGCGCCGAGGACAGCCCGGCCCGACUGGGAGGCACGCUUGCGCCACCGCCGCCAAGACCCCCCAUUCCGGCCAUUCUCGGGGAACUGGGGCGCCGAAUGCUGCCCCGAGGCUCAAGACUUGGGCGAGUCUAAGACGAUGGUUUCUUAAGCACGGCACCACGUUCCCCUCCCCGUUCCUCGACCGGAGGCAGGGAUCCCGCGCGCGCGGGGCUCCCGGGGAUCGGUCUCCCCGAGGAGCCCGGCUGCCGUCUCUCGAGGCAGUUCGCACGGCGGCGGGGACGCACAGGCGAUGUAGCCUCCGUCCAGCGCUCAGGCCUCCUGGAGGAUGUCAUGGCACCUGGCGGGGUCCCGGCCUAGCAUGGCCCGCGCGCUGCCAGACGUCGCCUCCGGCUAGGAUGACCCCUCCGGGCCCCGCCGGCGCCCACCCCACCUCGGCAGAGCCGCUGUCCCGCAGCAUCUUCCGGAGGUUCUUGCUGAUGCUCUGCUCCCUGCUCACGUCCCUUUACGUCUUCUACUGCCUCGCCGAGCGCUGCCAGACCCUAUCGAGCCCCGUCGUGGGGCUGUCAGGCGGCAGCGAGGAGGCGGGGGCCCGGGGUCGCGGCGUCCUGGCCGGAGGCCCGAGGGAGCUGGCGUUGUGGCCGGCGGCACAGAGAAAGCGCCUCCUGCAAGUGCAGCAUUGGCGGAGGCGCAGACCGUCCGCGCCGCGCGGCGAGGGUGAGGAGGCGGCCUGGGAAGAGGAGACCCCUGGCCUGGCCGGGAGUCCCGGUGGCUCCGGGGCGGGGAGCAGUGUGACCGAGGCCCCGCCGGGGACCCUGGCCUUGCUGCUGGACGAGGGCAGUAAGCAGCUGCCGCAGGCCAUCAUCAUCGGCGUGAAGAAGGGCGGCACGCGGGCGCUGCUCGAGUUCCUGCGCGUGCACCCCGACGUGCGCGCCGUGGGCGCGGAACCCCACUUCUUCGACCGCAGCUACCACAAAGGCCUCGCCUGGUACCGGGACCUGAUGCCCAGAACCCUGGACGGCCAGAUCACCAUGGAGAAGACGCCCAGUUACUUUGUGACCCGGGAAGCGCCCGCGCGCAUCUCGGCCAUGUCCAAGGACACCAAGCUCAUCGUGGUGGUGCGCGACCCGGUGACCAGGGCCAUCUCGGACUACACGCAGACGCUCUCCAAGCGGCCCGACAUCCCCACCUUCGAGAGCUUGACGUUCAAAAACCGAACUACGGGCCUCAUCGACACGUCGUGGAGCGCCAUCCAGAUCGGCAUCUACGCCAAGCACCUGGAGCACUGGCUGCGGCACUUCCCGCUCGGCCAGAUGCUCUUCGUCAGCGGGGAGCGGCUCAUCAGCGACCCCGCCGGCGAGCUGGGCCGCGUGCAGGACUUCCUGGGCCUCAAGCGCAUCAUCACCGACAAGCACUUCUACUUCAACAAGACCAAGGGCUUCCCCUGCCUGAAGAAGGCCGAGGGCAGCAGCAAACCCCACUGCCUGGGCAAAACCAAGGGCAGGACCCACCCCGAGAUCGACCGCGAGGUGGUGCAGAGACUGCGGGAGUUCUACCGGCCCUUCAACCUGAAGUUCUACCAGAUGACCGGGCACGACUUUGGCUGGGAUGGAUAAUCAUAUAAUUUAAAAAGAAAAAAAAAAUAUGAAAAUAUAAUAUAUUUUUUUAUCAGUCGGUAGAGAAAAAGCAGUUUAAUAUUUGUGCUGAAAAUAUUUGUUUCAGUAUUUUUUUUAAUGAAUGUUAAGCGAUUAUUCUCACCUUCACCUCCGUCUUCAUGUGUAACCAACACCAAACGAAAAAGAAAAUUUCACUCAUCUAAAUAUUUCAGUUUUUCUUUUAUGAUUUAUAUAUACACAAUUGCACAGUAUGAGCAUCUGUUGCCAUUAAAACAACGAAAAUUCUAGGGGUAAAUCAACCAAUCUCCAUCUCAAGGCACAGAUAAAAUUGAUACUCAGACUUAUGUUUUUCUCCCUGUAAUUUUCUCCUGUGCCAUUUUUCUUAAAUUUCCCCAAUAAUAAUAAUAGUAAUAAUAAUAAUAAUGUCUCUUUAUUAUUAAAUUACCACUUCAGAGUUAUGACAAAGUAUCUUUUUUUAUCCUUACACUAUGUGGUGUAAGAACAUAGUACAUAGAAUUUAUGUUCCCCAUUUUCCAGGUAAGGAAACUGAGUCUCAGGGAGGUUAAAUGGCUUAGCAUUAGGCCAGAUGGUGGACCCUGGACAAAACCCCAUCUUCCAUUUGUUCCCUCUGUCAUGUGACUUUUUCACAGAGAAAGAGAAAUAGAAUGUUUUAGAAACAAUUAGCUAGUUUGGGGAUGAUAUAGAUGGACAGAGAGGGUCUUCUAUUGAUAUCUAGGCUCCCGGUGAUCCUUAUGGCAUUCCACCACAGGAGUUACAUGGGAUCCUGGAAACCACUCAGAUCUGGACAAAACAUCACUUGAGACUCAGUCUUGGCUUGGGAUAUACUCUGAGAUAGGGAAAUCAACUUGACUGAGGUUGAGAGGAAUUAUUGGAUUCUUGUAUUGAUCACAUGGACUGUCAGCUUAGAACAGGACAGAUGUGGCUGGAGCAUAACUCAGCUAGGCGUUCUUUAACUUCUUUUGUUAAAAGAAAAAUCCACUUCAGAAUGAGUUUCCAAGUAUUAAGCUCAUUUUUCUUUACCUCUUUUUAGCAAAGAAAAUCUGCUGCUCAUUGUAAUAUCUCAUUUCUAACCUUGGAGCUAGUACUAAAAAAAAAAAAAAAGUCAAUCAGCAACUCAUUUAUAAUGCCUUUAUUUUUCAUGGGUGGAAGACUUACUUUUUCACUUUAUUUUUCCCCCCACUUCCUAUUUAUUUAUACCUAUGAAUAACCUAAUAUUCAUUCAUAUUGGAGAAAUAUUCUGAGAAAUGCAGAUGUGGAUAAAAUGGUAGCUUUUCCUCUUCUCCCUUCUGUAACUGCCCAUCUCCCAUCUAAAUAGCUCAGAUAAAUCUAUAGUUUAUUAAGAGUAUCCCUUUACUCUCUGAGAGGGUAUUAACAAGAUUAGCAUUAAUGGGAAUUAAAUUGGUUUAGAGAGGAGCACAUAUGCAGGAAAUAUAUAAAACACUUAUAAUUAGUCUGUCAGCAACAUUUUAUUACAGGUUUAAACCCAAGAGGAAAAUGUCCCCUAUCACACGGAAGUUUUCUCUAUCUGCUAAAAUUUAAAGUCCCAGACAGUCUCAGAUUCUAAAGCAAUAUCCUUUUUCUUCUCCAAUAUUGUCGAUCAAAAAAAAAAAAAAAACCACUACAGUUGUUUUAAAAUAUACAGUACAACUGCACAUUUGCUAUAGAAGCUACAUCAGGUGAAGUAAGUAUUUCUUGAGAAGCAUAAUGGAUUUAAAUGAGGAGGAAAAAAAAUCAUUUCAGUUUAGAUAUUCCACCACUGCUCCAAAUUUAUGGAUUUGUAUAUUUUAAACUCCUAUUAUGGGAACUAAAUAAACCCCAAAUCCAGGUCCCCAUUUCUGGUGAUUGUCUUUACUUCUGUGCCCUCAGUUUUCCAGUGUUACCUCAUGUUUUUGGUCUAUUUGAGUUGUCACUACCAGUAACAAGAUACUCAUACUCUUUUCAUCUUUUUAAAAUUCAUUUUGUUUGUGCUUCUGAUUCUUUUAUAAGCAUUUGCUUGGCAUUAUGCAACCGUGGCUUGCACAAGGAGACAGAUGCACCUAACAGUUGUAUUCAGCAGCCUUCUUUUUGUGUUAGAAAAUAAAAAAGAAUUAUGUGCAAAGGACCUCUUCUUGCAUGAUUUUUUUGGGGGGUCACAUUAUUUAAAAAAAUGAAGGAAUAAAGAGUACACCAGGAAGACCUUCUAGCUGUUAAGAUCUCAUGAGCAUGUUAGGAGUUCUAGAUCCCAGCAAAAUACAUAAAAAUCAGGAUACUCUAGGUUUCCUUCAGAAAUUUUCCAUUCCUGCCUCUGUGUCAUACUUGCUCCUGCUAUGCAUGGACUUGACCUGAGAUUCCUUUUGUCCUUUCAACAAUACCAAAUAGAUUUUGCUCUUGAUUUGAACACCUUAGCCAUCCUUCCCUCUAGGCUCUUUGCUCUACAGCCAUGUCUUCUGACCUCCUUAACUCUUUUUAGAGGUGGAAAAUUCUACCAGAAGACCUACCAGAGGUCUACAGCUUCAUUCUGAGCAGCAUGCUUUUGAGGUCUUGCCUACUGUGUCUGAAAUUUCCAGCAACUUAACAAACAUGAAGGGAAAUUAAUUAAUCAAUAACUGGAAAUUAAUAAGCUUCUAGGAAAUGGAUAUUUAUGAUUCUAGGAGUAUUAAUCCCAUUACAAUGUCCUUAUUGUCAAAGAUCUUCAAAUUAGAAUAACCCUCAAUGGAAAUUUAUAUCAAAUCCCCAUUUGGCACUUGAAACUGUUUAGCUGGUUAUGCUGAUGUUCAAAACACUGAUGUGCCUAUAAAUACUAACUCCUGAUUCUGCAGUUGUAAAGAAUUUCUCCUGAACACAUCCAUCCUAUUCUGUCCACUGUGACCUGCCAAAGUUGUUACAUAGGAAGAUCUCUAAAUUUUAAUGUGUGAAUAAAUAAAUAUGUCUACAAAAGAAC